UCUCAUAUCUCUCUAUCUUUCUGUAUUUCAUACUUGUAAGUUUGUUCCAAGUUUCAACGACACCUGUUGUAGAUAGGACAAAAAAAAAAAAAAAAAUGCCUGAGAGAGAGAUUUCUUGUAUUGUUACAGAACCUCGCCCUGUAGUCAGGAAAUUCUUGGCUAGGCCUCAACAUGAAGGAGUUGGAGCCAUUGUUAGACGGAGCAUAGGAAGGUUUGAGCUUAAAUACUUUGAUCCUUUCCUUGUUUUGGAUGAAUUCUCAGUUACUGCUCCUGCUGGGUUUCCUGAUCAUCCACACAGAGGGUUUGAGACAGUGACAUACAUGUUGCAGGGAGCUGUCACACAUGAAGAUUUUGAAGGGCACAAGGGAACAAUAGGAGCUGGUGACUUGCAGUGGAUGACUGCAGGAAGAGGGAUUGUUCACUCUGAAAUGCCUGCAGCCCAAGGAACCCAAAAGGGCUUACAAUUGUGGAUAAACCUCUCCUCCAAACACAAAAUGAUUGAACCAAGGUAUCAGGAAAUGCUCAGCAAGGACAUAAAAGAAGCAGCAAAAGAUGGCAUAAAGGUAAGAGUUAUAGCCGGUGAAGCCUUGGGAACCAAGUCACCAAUCUACACAAGAACACCAACCAUGUAUUUGGACUUUACUCUCAAGCCAGGAGCUCACCUUCAACAACCAAUACCAAAAUCAUGGAAUUCAUUUGUGUAUGUCUUAGAAGGUGAGGGCAUGUUUGGCAGUUUGAAAUCUUCGCCCGUGACAGGUCAUCAUCUUCUUCUUCUAGGAUCUGGGGAUGGUUUGGAGGCAUGGAACAAGUCCUCCAAACCCCUGAGAUUUGUCUUGAUUGGAGGUGAACCAUUGGGUGAACCACUAGUACAGUUUGGACCUUUUGUGAUGAACACUCAGGAAGAGAUUGACCAAACCAUAGAUGAUUUCGAGAAUUAUAUCAAUGGUUUUGAGAAAGCAAGGCAUUGGAGAUCUGAAGCUGCACUUAGUCUUGAUUUCUAGCUCUAUGUAUUAUUUAUAUCAGUAAUUAUUUAUUGAGUUUGGAAAGAAAUAAUUGUUGUCAAUUUAAUCCAAAAUUUUGUACAAAUUAGCAUUGGAAAGGUCGUGCCAUUUAGUUAGGUGGUACAGCAUUUUCAAAUUAGUACCCAAAUUUAUUAUUAAAAAAAUAGAAUUGCCAUUAAUAAUAAUAUUCAGAUGGGAAAACUACCAUGAAUUCUAUUAA